AUGAAGGUCAUCGAUAAGAUUAACGCGAGCGUAGAACGCCAGGAGGUCUUCUACUCGUUCGAAUUCUUCCCCCCAAAGACCCCCGCGGGCGUGGACAAUCUGUAUGCGCGUAUGGACCGCAUGGCGGCACUAGAGCCGCUCUUCUGCGAUAUGACGUGGGGCGCCGGCGGCUCCAGCGCACAGCUCACACUGGAGCUCAGCGCGAACGCACAGAAACUCAGCGGACUCGAGAUGCUCAUGCACAUGACGUGCACCAAUAUGGCCGAGGCAGACAUCAAAAAGGCGCUGGACGAGGCCAAAGACGCUGGCAUUCAGAACAUCCUAGCGCUACGCGGAGACCCCGUGCGCGGCGCCUCCAGCUUCGACGAGUGCGACCGUGGCUUCUCGCACGCUGUGGAUCUGGUGCGCUACAUUCGCGAGAAAUACGGCAACCACUUCUGCAUCGGUGUCGCCGGAUACCCCGAAGGUCACGUGGAGAUUAAGGACAAGAAGGCGGACAUCCAAUACCUCAAGGAGAAGGUGGACGCAGGCGCCGAUUUUGUGAUCACGCAGCUCUUCUACGACGUUCAAGUGUUCGUGGACUUCGUCAAGGAGUGCCGUGCUGUGGGUAUCACAGUGCCGAUCAUCCCGGGUAUCAUGCCCAUUCAGAACUAUGGCGGCUUCGAGCGUAUGACGUCCUUCUGCAACACCUUCGUACCUGACGAAGUGCGUAAGGCUUUGGAGCCUAUUAAAGACAACGACGAAGCUGUCAAGGACUACGGUGUGCAGCUCGGUAUCACUAUGAGUCAGCAGUUGAUUGACGCUGGUGUACCCGGUCUGCACUUCUACACACUCAACCUGGAGCGCUCAGUGCGUCGCAUUCUGGAAGGACUGUCCUCUCUAUCCAGUCGUGUGCCACGCCGUGAACUACCGUGGCAGACGUCGACGCUGUCGAAGCGUGCGUCCGAGAGUGUGCGUCCCAUUUACUGGUCCAACCGACCCAAGAGCUACGUCCACCGUACCGCUAUGUGGGACGAAUACCCGAACGGCCGCUGGGGUAACAGCGAGAGCCCCGCGUUCGGUGAGCUCACUGAAUCUCACUUUGCGCCCUCCAACACAUCGACGCCGAGAGAGCGCCGUGCGAUGUGGGGCGAGGCCCCUGCCGCCAAGGAAGACGUUCGCCGCACGUUCGUACAGUACGUGCGUGGCGAGAUCUCGAGCCUGCCGUGGUGUGAUGCCGCACUGCACGCCGAGACGUCGACCGUCCAGCAGGAGCUCGCCGCCGCCAACUCUGCCGGAUUCCUGACGAUCAACAGCCAGCCACGCGUCAAUGGCGCGCUGUCUGACGAUCCGAUGUUCGGCUGGGGUGGCCCUGGAGGCCGCGUGUACCAAAAGGCCUAUGUCGAGUGCUUCGUGUCGCCCGAAAACAUGAAGAUCAUCAUUGAAAAUGCUGCCAAGAAGCCGUCGAUACAGUACCACGCCGUGAACCUGAAUGGCCACUCGUACUCGAACGCCAGCAAAUCUGCUGUGGCUGUGACGUGGGGCGUCUUCCCCAACAAGGAAAUCCUGCAGCCCACGAUCGUAGACAGCAGCAGCUUCUUGGUGUGGAAGGACGAGGCGUUCGCGCUGUGGCUCAAACUGUGGGCGUCACUGUAUGAACCCGGCAGCCAAUCGGCUAAACUAUUGCGCGAGAUCCACGACACGUACUUCCUGGUGAGUAUCGUGGACAACGACUUUGUGAACGGCAACAUCUGGGACCUGUUCGAGGCUUCAGUCUCCCCUGCCACCUCGCCGUAA